ACCUGAAACUCUCUCUCUCUCUCUCUCUCUCUCUCUUUUCUCGAUCCAAAUCAAACGAAACUAUCCUCAUUUCUGUUGCAACAUUCUGUUAAUGUCAGUCCCGUUGUUUAAUGAGUUGACUGGAAGUUUUAUCAUAUCAAAUUUGUGUUUUGAGGAGCUGGCUAUGCUGCCUUUUUGAACUGGUGAACUCGAAGAGUUUAAUAGGAUUUAUGGCUGUGGAAUUUUUUAAUCAGGAGAUAUAGUUUAUUAUAAUUUGCGGAAUAUGAGGUUGUGAAUUAGUUUUUGUAUAUGAUUAGUAGAAAGAACAUGGGACGUGCUUCACCAAUACUGGUGGUUCUUUUGAUUUUUGGGUUUGCCUUUGCAACGUAUAAUUUGCUAACAAUGAUAAUUCACAAUAGAUCUAUUAGAAAUUGGAUGACUGAGGAUUCUAAUGGUGGCAUUUUUUUUGAUCCUGUGGUUGAGAUGCCUGAAAAUGUGAAGAGACUGAAGAAUGUGAAGUUACCCUUCCAUGUUGCAUUAACAGCUACAGAUGCACCCUACAGCAAAUGGCAGUGUCGUAUUAUGUACUACUGGUAUAAGAAGAUGAGGGACCAGCCUGGGUCAGAGAUGGGUGGAUUUACGAGGAUUUUGCACUCUGGAAAUCCCGACAACCUAAUGGAUGAGAUUCCUACGGUUGUGGUUGAUCCUCUUCCAGCAGGUCUUGACAGGGGAUACAUAGUCUUAAAUAGACCAUGGGCCUUUGUGCAAUGGCUGGAAAAGACCACAGUUGAUGAAGAAUACAUAUUGAUGGCAGAGCCUGAUCACAUAUUUGUAAAUCCCCUCCCGAAACUGGCACAUGGAGGAUUGCCAGCUGCCUUCCCAUUCUUCUACAUCAAGCCUGCAGAGAAGGGAAAGAUAAUAAGAAAGUUUUACCCAGAGGAGUAUGGCCCAGUCACAAAUGUUGAUCCAAUUGGCAAUUCUCCUGUUAUUAUUAAAAAGAAUUUGUUGGAAAAGAUUGCUCCUACAUGGAUGAAUGUUUCUUUGAAAAUGAAAGAUGACCCGGAGACUGAUAAAGCUUUUGGAUGGGUGCUAGAAAUGUAUGCUUAUGCUGUAGCAUCAGCUUUGCAUGGUGUGCAGCAUAUUCUUCGUAAGGACUUUAUGCUUCAGCCCCCAUGGGAUCUUGAAACUGGGAAAAAGUUCAUUCUUCAUUACACUUACGGAUGUGAUUAUAACAUGAAGGGUGAGCUAACAUAUGGUAAAAUUGGAGAGUGGCGAUUUGAUAAGAGAUCAUAUUUACGUGGACCUCCACCAAAAAAUCUCCCCUUGCCACCGGCAGGGGUCCCUGAAAGUGUGGUGACUCUUGUAAAGAUGGUGAAUGAGGCUACAGCUAACAUUCCCAAUUGGGAAACUGAGUAGAAGUUGGCUGUGUUGAAGGUUGCAACGCUGGGUGAAGAAAUUUUUUGAUCAGUUUAGGUUUGCAAGACAGAUUGAUGUACACAGACCUC